AUGAUAAUUUUGAAAUCAGUGUCGCAGUUGAAGGUGAGCAGUUGUUAAGAGAAGUUCAUUAUCAGUAGUGGCCAGCAUGGUGGAGAUAGAUAUCAGAAUACUAGUGAUAGUCACCGUAAUAGCAAUAGCGGCAUACAAAUGGUUGACCAAAAACAACAACUAUUUUCAUGAAAAACCAAUCCCGUCGAUGGCAGCAAAGCCUUUGCUCGGAAGUACCGGUUCGCUGGUGUUGAGAAAAUACUCGCUAAGCGAGUUUAUCAAUCAGAUCUACAACAAGUUCCCCAAUGUGAAAGUAUUUGGCUUAUUCGAUGCGAUGACACCAGUUUUCAUAAUUCGUGAUCCGGAGCUAAUCAAGAAAAUCACUGUCAAGGACUUCGACCAUUUCAUUGAUCACCGACCUACAUUCGGAGAUAGUAAUGCCGACAAUCCCCACCUACUCUUCAGCAAAGGCCUAUUUGCUUUAAAUGGGGAAAAGUGGAAGGACAUGCGUACUACUUUGAGCCCAGCAUUUACUGGUAGCAAAAUGCGGCAAAUGUUCGAGCUGAUUAUUGAAUGCUGCGAAAAUGUUACAAAUUACCAUUUGAUGAAACCUCAAAAUUCACUGGAAGUAGCAUUGGGCAAUCUUUUUACCCGACUAGGGACAGACGUUAUUGCCUCAUGUGCUUUUGGAUUCAAAGUAGACUCAUUCGGAGAGCAAGAUAAUGAAUUCUACAAACAAGGGCGCAAAAUGAUGCGAUUCGACAGAUUAAGUAUUGCUUUGAAAAUAUUUGCUUUCAAAUUUUUUUCAAAGACCAUGAGUAGACUAGGAAUAGAUCUUAUCGAUCGAGAACAGGCUCAAUAUUUUCGGUCCAUAAUUAUAAGUGCAAUUAAAGAGCGACAAACAAGGGGCAUUGUUCGAAAUGAUAUGAUCAAUCUUUUAAUUCAAGCGAAAAACGGUGUACUACGACAUCAGCAGGAGAAGGAACAGAAUGAAGCGUUCGCCACAGUUCAGGAAUAUGAUGUGGGCAAAUCAACAGCGGCAAACUCUAUGACAGAAAACGAGAUGAUCGCUCAAGCGUUUGUAUUCUUCUUAGCAGGAUUUGAAACUGUUUCCACCACGCUAACUUUCUUGGUUCAUGAUCUAGUCGUGCAUCAGGAUAUUCAGCAGAAUCUGUUCAAAGAAAUUUUAGAGACCAACAAAAAUUUGAAUGGCAAAAAACUCAAUUAUGAUACACUACAGAAAAUGCGAUACAUGGAUAUGGUCGUCUCCGAAAGUAUGCGAAUACGACCGGUUGCUGCUUUCUUAGAUCGUCUUUGCACUAAAGACUAUGAGCUGGAUGAUGGAGAAGGUUUGAGAUUCAGCAUAGAGAAGGGAACAGCCAUUUGGAUUCCAACCCAAGGUAUCCAUCUUGAUCCCAAAUAUUACCCGGAACCCACAAAAUUCAAUCCUGAAAGGUUCAAUGACGAAAACAAAGGCAGUAUCAAUCCAUUUACGUAUCUUCCUUUUGGUAGUGGCCCAAGAAACUGCAUUGGUAAUCGAUUUGCCUUGGUUGAGAUAAAAUCGGUUAUUUAUCAUUUGUUAUUACACUUUUCAUUUGAGUUGAGUCCCAAAACUCAAGUACCGUUAAAAUUGCGCAAAGGAUUUACCAUAUUGGCAGCUGAGGGUGAAGUGUAUGUAAAUAUGAUAAGGCGCCAAAUGCAAUGAUACAGCAAGUUUAGUUGAAGAUAACCAGCAUGGGCCUAGGCGAGAAGUACACAGUGGGGUGACUCUAUAGACUUCUAUACCUAUAUAUGCUGGCCAAGCAAAAAAAUGUCUUCAAAUCAUGAAAAAUACAUGGUUUUUAUAUAAUUUUGGGACCCUGAGUCCGAAUUUGAUAUUAUUUUUGCAUGAAAAUGCGUAUUUUUGACGUCAGGGGAAUUUUCAUGUAUUUUAUAAAUAUUAUAUGAGAAAAAUUUUACGUCGGUUUCAAUUUUUUGGAAAACAAAAUGCAUGAUGCUUGAAAGACUUCCAUAUGCCAUAAAAAAACAUAAAAGUAGUAUUCAGUUAUUGAGAAAAUAAAAAAAUAUCAAUUGAAAAAUAUGCUUUGUGAUGAAAAUUA